AUGCGAGCAGAAAAUGCUCUCUCCUGGAUAUCUCGCGGCUUGCUAAUUUUCGAACCUUUGGAGGAGGUUAUAAGGAACCCCUCUCCUGGCCCCUCCCCUGUUGCUGAGUCUCAACCGGCGGUAGUUGGUCUUGCUAAUACUCAACCGGCGGUAGAUGGUCCUGCUGAUACCUCUAAGGCAGCAGAGCUCAAAGGAAAAUCUACCUCCUUUUCCCAUGAGGUUGAACUUCCUUCUGGCCCUAGGCUUUUCCUGAAAGCCAAUUCUAGUUGUAGCCGAAGUAGGGGCUGCCCGAAGAAUAGGAGCCGUUCUCUUAGGCGUGCUCAUAAUGCAGGUCCUUCAAUUCGUUCUGUUCCCAGGCCCAACACAGAUGGGAAAACAAAUGUGGUGGGACAGAACCUUAGUCGUCCUCAAGGCCAACCCACCCCUGCACCCGUAACUAGAACGUGGGCAAAUGUGGCGAAGGUAUUGACCAAAGGAUACAACCUAGCAUAUGUUCCACCGCUGGUGGAGGAUGGUGAAGUGAUUGUGGACAUUACACUAGAGGUAAUUGCUGAUGAGAAUCCACUUUUGCUGGAAUGUAUUGUUGGCCACUAUAUAGGGAAGAAAAUUUCCUUCAAGUUAACUGAAGAAGCCAUUAAGAAAUCAUGGGGUGAUCAAGUAGUUGAUGUAAAACUACAUGAAAAUGGGUUCUACUUCUUCCGAGUUCCGAAUGCUGAGUUCCGCAGGAAGAUUAUUGAUAUGGGACCGGUUUCCAUCUUUAGUAGCACUUUGAUGCUCCAACAAUGGCACUCGAAAUUGAAGCUUAAGAAAGGUUCUCUAGAUACUCUCCCGGUUUGGGUCAGACUAAGAGAUAUCCCAUUCUCUCUAUGGUCCUCAGUUGGUAUUGGAAGAAUAGCCAGCGCCAUUGGGAAACCACUAUAUGUGGAUGUGCAAACAGAACAGAUGACCAGGAUUUCUUAUGCACGUGUCUGUAUGGAAAUUAAUGCCACAAAAUCCCGAGUGGAAGCAGUGAAGUUUCGUUGGGAUGUGGAUUUGAAUGUGCCUCUGCACAUACUGAACAUAGAGCUCAGCCUAUUGUUCGACCUCAAGGAGGAGAUGGCUGGACUCACAUCACUAGGAAAAAAGUCAAAGAACCUUCUGGCAAGCCGAUCAACCAGCCUCAAUCUGCGUCUCAUUCCUCAAUUGGCACCGAAUCUAGGGGAGGAUGAACCCCUUCCUCCUGUUUUGAAUACCGGUGUGGAACCCGGCCUGAUGGGUACUGAUCUGAAUUAUUCCAAGGUCUUUGAGGCAGAGCCGAGCCAUUCCACAGCUUUAUGUCCUGCUGGACUAACUGACCAGCAGAGUGAGGAUCCUUCUCAAAACUCUCAGUCGUCCUCAGAAGACUCUCUUGACUCCCGGACAAUAAUGGAGAACAACAGUGAUUCAGAAGUUAUGGCGGAGAUGGAACCAGCUGUUCUUAAGCUUUUGAAUAUGCAAACAUCUUGUCUUAUCACAAUAGUAUAUGGAGAACAUACAUUUGUGAAUCGGCGGUCGCUUUGGGCUGACGUUAUUCGGCUCUCUUCGUGUGAGCUGCCUUGGAUUGUUGCUGGAGAUUUUAAUGCCAUUAGAGACCCGGAUGAUAGAGUGGGUAGCACAACUCCUUGGAUUCCAGCCUUUGAUGAAUUUGGGGACUGCCUUAACCAGGCGGGACUAGAGGAUCUUCGUUAUGUGGGCUGGAGAUACACAUGGACUUAUUCUUCAGGUGAUAAUCGGAAACUUCGUAAGAUUGAUCGAGUGCUCAUUAAUGACCUAUGGAACCAACUUUUCUCCUUCUCGGAAGCCACCUUCCUUGCGCCAGGUAUCUCUGAUCACUCCCCCAUGGUGAUAAAAAUUUUCCCGCCACUUAGCUCCAAUAAACCUUUCAAGUUUUUCAACUUCUGGGCUACACAUCCAAAAUUCUUGGACUUAGUAGCUCAAGCCUGGGAUACUCAUAUAGUAGGCACUCCUAUGUAUAUGAUUUGCUGCAAACUUCGGGUGCUUAAAGCAAAGCUGAAACACUUGAAUAGAAGUUCAUUCUCUGCUAUUUCCACAAGGACUGAACAGGCCAGAUCAGACCUAUAUGCUAUUCAGGUAGCCUUGGAGCAUCAUCCCUUUGAUCAGAGCCUGCUUGAUAGAGAAGUGGAGUACAUACGAUCCUUCUCUGCAUUGAGAUUACAAGAGGAAUCCUUCUUCAGACAGAAAUUCAGGAUUCGAUGGCUCAAAGAGAGGGACAUGAAUACUAAAUUCUUUCAUCAUUUUGUUAACAAAAGGCGGUUACAAAAUCGAAUCCUUUCGGUGUCUGCUGAUGACGGUGUUCUACUAACUGACCCACAAGCGGUCAGGAACCACAUUGUUGGUCACUUUCAGGAGCUACUCAAUGGUAAUUCUGCGUAUAUCUAG